AUGGAUGAGGCUAUAGUUCCGAACUUGGUUGCCGGGGUGCUUGGCCAGCGUCGGCGAGAGGGCUUUUGUGCCUUUGUCGAUGAUGUCUUCCCAGGCAUCUUUUAUGGAUACCUCGGUCUUGUGGAUGUGAAUUGGUUUGACAUAGCUCGAAACGAACGAGAGACCGGUAGAUCGCUUGACUGGGCCUUGCGCAGUAUCGGAACAUGGCAGCUGGGCAAAGCAAAUAACGAUCGACGACAAAUGCUCGCCAGUCGAGAGAUGUAUGGACGUACACUCCAGCAUCUGAUUCAAGCAAUCAAAAGUCCAUCUCUUGUCUACGCAGAUACAACUCUUGCAGCCGCCAUUCUUGUCGGCAUAUAUGAAAUGGUCAAUGCCACAGAACAGAAAGGGUGGUUAACUCAUUCACGAGGCAUCAGCCAUCUCUUCCGCGUUCGGGGACCGAAGGCUCAUACAUCUGGGAUCGGUCGCACCUUGAUAUUAUCCUUUCGGGGAUUUUUGGUAUUUGAAGCACUGGCUCGCGGCGAGGCAUGCUUUCUCGAAGAUGAAGAAUGGAGGUCUAUUCUCCCAGAGGCCCUGAAUGAUGAAGAGCGAAGAGGCAAAUCCUGCCCUCUGGGCGUGCUGAUCGAGUAUGCAUUUAAUGAAAUAGCUCAAUGUCCCGGCUUCCUUGCCAGAAGCAAAGCGCUUGUUGCGUCCCCCCAGGCUACCUCUAGGGAAAGAGAGUGUCUGAUCCGUGAAAUUGAGACGAGCCAAGAUACCCUACGGGUUCUAGAAUCACAAAUGCUGGCUGGCAUCAAGACAAAACAAGCAUCGAGUGGAAACAGUUCACAGUCUUUCUUCGGGGUCAUCUCUGAUCCAAGAGCAGAUACAUUGGCAAAAUACUCCCACGAAGGCAUCCACUCAGCUAUUGCACUACUCCAACAGCUUCUAGUUGUUCUUGUGUCCGAUCGAACUCGACGAAAAGAAGCCUCGCCAUGGUUAGCAUUAAGAACAGCCAAGCUUCAAGUGGAGACGGUCACCGAUCCCAAUGAGAUGACCACGCUGGCUCAAGAACAGACAAGGCUGCACCCUACAGGUCCACAAUCCGUGGGAAACUCCAAGGCCUGGCCUGACCGCAUCGCGAUGUCAAUGGGCUUGACCAAGUAA